AUGAUGGACGGAAAUGAUUUAGUUACUGAAACUUCAAGAAGAGGUAUUAUUUCACAAGCAUGGACACGAAUUUCUCAGAUUUACCAAGGAACAUUAGAUAAAUGGACACCACAUGCCAAGUUUCGAUGGGGUGGAAGUUUUGUACUUCUACUUUUGUUUAUGCUACGAAUAUUCACAAAGCAAGGAUGGUACAUUGUCACAUAUGCUUUGGGUAUUUAUCAUUUAAACCUGUUUAUUGCAUUCCUUACACCCAAGAUUGAUCCUGCCAUGGACUUUGAUGGUGAUGAUGAUAACGGUCCGGCCUUACCGACCAGAGCUACUGAAGAGUUCAGACCGUUUAUCCGAAGAUUGCCUGAGUUUAAAUUUUGGCUCUCUGUCACUAAAAGCACAUUGAUAGCUUUCUGUUGUACAUUCAUAGAUGCGUUUAAUAUUCCAGUAUUUUGGCCAAUAUUAGUAAUGUAUUUUAUAACCCUAUUCUGUAUUACUAUGAAGAGACAAAUCAAGCACAUGAUCAAGUACCGGUAUCUACCAUUUACUCAUAGCAAACCAAAGUACAAAACUGUUGAUCCUGCUGUUACGGUGAACUGA